AUAUUUAUCAUCUAUGUCUGUGGUGAUUGGAUAUUUAACUGUGCACCAAGUUAGGAAAGCUGCAUUCACAAACAAAUAGUGGCUUAAAUGAGGCCCUAAUCAAUGGUGGUUGAUCUUUAACCAACCUGUGCAAUUGCCAAUCUUUGACUCAGGAAUUCUGCCAUCCGCACUCGCUUAGUCGCUCUUUUUUUUGGACAAGACGCAAGCUUUUUAAAAACUUUUUUUUAUUUUUAUUUACAAUAAUUUAAAUUUACGCUACGUUACAUUAGGACAUGGACCUUCACUUGACACUCCUCUUCAUCUGUCUCUACAACCAAGGAGUGACUAAUGCUCAGGUGGCAGAAGAAGAGUCGAACCCAUUGGUGCCUCUGAUUCCUUUAAUUCCCAGUCAAGCUAUAAACGACAGCACACCAGAUCCCGGCAGUGCAAACAUCACUGCUAGUCCGCCUCUGUCCAUGGCGACGAGCACACCCAGUGAGGAGGACGCAUCAGAGGAGGACGAGGGCUGCGCGUCCAUUGCCCGGAGCUCCGAGGCCAGGGAGGCUAUCGCCACCUCUGUCCAGAAGCUGGGGGCGCAGCUGCUGCAAAACCUCAAGACGACGCCUGAGCAGCCCAAUGUCAUCAUAUCGCCUUACAGCAUCGCCUUGGCUCUCUCCCAGCUUGCUCUAGGUGCAGUCAAUGAGACGGAGGAGCUGCUAAUGCAACAUCUCCAUGGCAACACCAUCACAUGCUACCACCAUUCCGUCAAUCACAUCUUGGGGCAGCUCCGAAACAGUGACCUGAAAAUCGCAACCCGCAUCUUCCUGCGCCAAGGGUUUACACCAAAGGAGGACUUCCUCCAGGAAUCCAAGCGCCUGUACAGCUCUGAGCCAGCCAUCUUGGAGAGCCUGAAGCAGCUCAAUGAUUGGGUGGAGAACGCCACCAAUGGGAAGAUGAGCGACUUCCUGUCUGCAGUGCCACCCAACAUGCUGCUCAUGCUCAUCAACGCCGUCUACUUCAAAGGCGAAUGGAAGGCUCGUUUUGACCCACGCUUCACCACCACGGGUGUGUUCUUCCUAGACGACAAACACAUGGUCAAUGUUGAAGUGAUGGAAGGUUCCAAACAUCCUUUGAGUUUACUUAACGACAGUGAACUCGAGUCUCAGGUAGCAAGCUUCCCAUUUGUGAAGGGGAUGAGCUUUUUAGUAAUCAUGCCCAUGUCCGGCCAUGUGAACGUGUCCUCCCUUGCACCCAAGCUGAACAUUUCCAGCAUUUACAACCGUCUCCCCAAGCAAAGAGUCGUUCACGUUAAAGUCCCCAAAUUCAAGCUGGAGUACACUCAGGAGCUGCAGGAAGUCUUCACAAAAUUGGGCUUGGGAGACAUGUUUUCCAGUCCCAAUCUGGCCGACAUGGCUGAUGGCCCCCUACUGGUGUCCAGUGUCUUCCACAAAUCCGCCAUUGAAAUCAAUGAGGAAGGAGCCGAGGUUUCUGCCGCCACAACCGUCGUCAUCUCGCGCUCGUCCAGCCCCGUCUUCUACCUGAGCCACCCCUUCCUCUUCGCCCUCGUGGACGAUAAGACGCAAGUGCCAGUCUUCAUGGGCGUCAUCAACAACCCAAAUCCCGGUGCGCCAGUCUUGCUGAGAGGAGAAUCUAGAAGUAAUGAUAAAGACGCACUGCAAAGCGAUAAGAAAAUGGGUGUGUUUGGAGGGCCGCCCAAGUAGGGACUGUCACAUGUGCAGCUGCCAUUUGGUAAAAAAAAACAAAAAAAACACGUAGAACAAGAAGAGCAUUAUGAUUGGACAAAAUGAGUGUACAAUACGAGAUAGCUCGAUUAAAUGUGUAAAAUGUUAGUCCAUGUUUCAUUUGUUUCCUUUUCCACCAUUAUGUGUGAACAUAAUAUUCUAGAAGAAAAUGUUAGUGUAGAUGCAAAAUCAUGGACUUUUUUAAAAUUGGAGUACAGAAAAAUGUAUACCUCCCUCCUGAAUUUCUUUAAUAUGUCUAAAUGUUUGACAAGGUGAAUCUAAUAUAA